UUUUAAAAUUUUGGCGGGUAGCCAUAAUGAUGAGUGCAGACCAAAGAAGGGUUCUUUUAACGCCUAAUAUAAGGGCUCCCUCUAGUAAUCGGGUGCUUGAAGAAUCUACUCAAGUCAAUCUUAACCAUCAAUCAAAAAAACUGGAAGCUUACAAGGCUAAAUGGAAGGCUUCUAUGCAGGAGAAGCAGCAGUUACAGGCCGACCAUCAAAGACUCUUGAGGAGGUUGAAGGAGCUAGAGAAGAAAAAUCUGGCCAAGACACAGCAGAACAAGCACUCAACAGACUCCAAGGAUGAUCAUUUGAAUUGCCCAAGCAACAGAGCCCGUUCUUCAAUAGCUAGUUCGACAACGCUUGAGUUGGAGAGGCUUGGAAGUGUUCAGUUGUCAAGACACGUUGACUUUUCUCCCAGAAGGAACAGUAUUGGUGUUAUUCGAAGCAUGGACAAUUUGACUGACGAGAGAUUCCGAGACAGUUCUACGACAACUACAGGAUUUCUGGACUCUUUUAAAAUACUCGAGACAGCGAAGCAAGCAAAGUUCACAGCAAGCUGCGAAGACGCAACGAGUUUGCAAUCUGAUUCCAAUUCUAAGUUCUUAAAUGCUUCCACAGAUAGAAGAGUGAACAAAUUACGGUUUCUAAACGAAGAAGGUGAAGGAGAAGCAUCUCAAACAUUAGAGGCUCUAACUUUGAUUAAACAAGAACUCAGCGUGCUAAGUAAUAGAAAGAAGAAAUUAGAGCAAGAAGUUUCUCACCUGAAAGCUGAACUAAUCAGGGAAGAAGAAAGGCGUUGGAUAGUUACCGAUGAACAUAUAGAAGCCCAACGGAAGCUACGUACAGUCACAGCCAAUUGGAAUUUAUUCUAUGACCAAUUGGUUCAAAUCUUCUUGCCAGAAUGUCGAAAAUUUCUGUCAUGUCUUAAGCGGUCAGAAGCAGCAUGUGGAUCCGCACGAAGGAAACAGUAUAAUACAACGAAUCAUAAAGUCCAGGAAGAACAACCGAAUGGAUCCUCUAUUGAUAGAAGAAACUCCCACGAUGUAGCUUUGGUCAGUGAAAAUUGCAUACCCAACUCAGCACGAACCUUUCACAGUUCAGGAGGACAACUCGAUUUUCUCUUUUUAGAGCCUGAGAUCAAGUCUCCAUUUGAAGGUGAUAUCCUUGCAUCCCCAGCUGUAGGGUCGUCCCCCGUAAAUAGUUUUCUCUGCAAUCAACUUUUAGUAAGAGUUAUAUGUCGCAAACUCCUCACUAACUUGAAAAAUCUGGACUCUUUUGAGAGCAAACUUGAAAAUGUUGCAAGCAAAUUUGAAAAUAGGAUUGCGCGAUUAUCAGCAACAGUUUCUGUUCUCUAUGGAAAGAAUAGUCUUGUUCGAGUUCCCACGGAAUGUACGCCAGCUAUCUAUCCAACCUCAUCGGAGAACAGUUUUAGUCUCGAUGUAUAUUUUCCGGAAAACUAUUGUUUUUACUGUAAUGUUUCUGAAAGAAAUAGUGCAGCUCCAAAAAAUGUCCUUCAGAAUUCUAGAACUGCUUCUGGUAUAUGCAUUUUAGAACCAUUACGGAAGAAAGUUGAGAAUCUGGAAACUAAAUAUGGCUCUCUGAUAGCUAGAAUGUUGGUUCAAAAUGACGCCUUACCAUGUUUGAAUAAUGAACAGAGGGGGCUCAAAAUUACACAGUCUCUCUGCUUUUUGAACCAGUUAGAAGUGUGUCUUGGGUUGUUAGAAUGGUCCUCAAACAAACAUGGUAGUGUCUUAAUGCGAUCAGGCUCAACAAACUUUCAAGCCAAGGAAUACCAGAAUGAUGUUUGUCGAGCAUUCGACAAAAACUCCACUUAUUCGGAAGUCAAACAUGGACGAUAUUCCUGUAUUCAUUGUGAGUCUUUGAGUCAAGAGAAUAGAGUUCUCAAAGAAAGGAUUGCAGAACUUGAAGAAGAAAAUUCUUCUCUUGCUGAUCGAAUAUUUUGAAAGCUUAUCUAGUCAAGAAAGUCAUAAAGUCACUUAGCGUUGU